AAUAGUAGUAAAAAAUGGAAUUAUAUGAAAGAAGAGAAAAGCAGAAGUGGGGAAGGAAGUGCGUGAAGCGAUGAAUUAAAGGAGUUAUAUGAAAGGGAAGGGAAAGGGUAAAAAAGAGUUGAGUAAUAUCGAGAAUGGGUUUGAUGUCAGUGGUGGAGUGGUUGGUGGUGUACCAGCCAAGAAUCCUGAACUUCACAUGGAACCCUCCUCACACACCCUUCUCCUCCCCUCUCUUCCUAUCUCUCUCAAUCAUAACAUACCUCUCACUCACUCUCCUUCUCACCUACCUCAUCCCUCUCCCACCCAUCCCUCCCCGCCUCCUGAAGCCCAUAACCGCCCUCCACAACCUCACCCUCUUCCUCCUCUCCCUCUUCAUGGUCCUGGGCUGCGCCCUCACCCUCCUCACCCACACCCCACACCUCCGCUGGGCCAUCUGCUUCCCACCCGCCACACCCCCCUCCGGGCCCCUCUUCUUCUGGGCCUACGUCUUCUACCUCUCUAAGUUCCUCGAAUUCCUUGACACCCUCUUCAUCAUCCUCUCCCGCUCAACCCGACGCCUCUCCUUCCUCCAUGUUUACCACCACUCCACCGUCGUUCUCAUGUCCUACCUCUGGCUCCAAACCUCCCAGUCCCUCUUCCCCAUCGCCCUCCUCACCAACGCCUCCGUCCACGUCGUCAUGUACGCCUACUACUUCCUCACCGCCCUCUCCUUCCGCCCCUCCUGGAAGCGCGCCGUCACCGACUUCCAGAUCCUCCAGUUCCUCUUCAGCUUCGCAAUUUCUGCCCUAAUGCUCCACUACCACUUCUCCACCUCCGGAUGCUCCGGAAUUUGGGGCUGGUGCUUCAAUGCCCUCUUCAACGCCUCUCUUUUGGCCCUUUUUCUUGAUUUUCAUCUCAAGAGUUAUGCUAACAGGAGGAACACCGCCCACAAACGCAUUCUUCACAAGGACUCCUAAUCUUCAUCUUACAAUUACAGUUGUAUGUUUCAUUCUCCUCCCUGCUUCCAACACCCAAAUGGACGUUUUCCUGGUACGUCUUGAUAAAAAUUACGACUUCAAGAGGCUAGCUCUGGAAUGGAAAAAAAUUUCUGUUUUAAAACUUGCGUCUUUAUUCAGUGUUUCUGUUCUUGAGAAAUUGUGCUUUGAAAAUUUGAGUUUUUGAUGCAUACUAUCACUUGAAUUAUGUUAUUAGAUUAUUUGAAUUUUAAAAUUUGAAAGUUGCAAUGAA